AUGAGCAUAUGGUUGUGGGGAGAAAACUGGCGUUGCGCUGUAGCUUGGCAGUGCUUCAUACGAUUCCUGAGCAUGUUCCACAGUGAACUUACAGUUAAUAGCUUAGCACAUGCCUAUGGAUACAAACCUUAUAACAAGAAUAUAGUCCCGAGAGAAAAUCGUUUUGUUGCGACAUGCACGUUUGGAGAGGGGUGGCAUAAUUACCAUCAUGCUUUCCCUUUUGAUUAUAAAGCUGCCGAACAUUUUGAUACAUUCAACUUAUGCACUACAUUUAUAAACAUUUUUAAAAGAAUUGGAUGGGCGUAUGAUCUUCGUGAAGCGACGCCUGAAAUGAUUAAUGGAAUAGCGAAAAGACUGGGUGAUGGAACUCCUUUGCACUUUCCUAUGCCAAUACAAUCUGAAAACUAA